AUGCGCUUCUUCACGCAAUCGCGCUCUGUCCGCAUCCCGCAGCCACCCCAGAUGGCCAAGCUCGGCACGUAUAUCCUCUCGCUCUCGCAGUUCACCGCGUGGCUCGGCGGGAUCGCAGAGGAGCUCGGCGUCGAGGUGUACCCGGGCUUUGCAGGCGCCGGGCUCGUAUACGGCCCGGAUGGCGCCGUGCGGGGCGUGCGCACGAACGAAGUCGGGCUGGACCGCACGGGCCGCAUGAAGGAGACGUUCGAGCCUGGCAUGGAGUUCCGCGCGCGCGUAACGCUGCUGGCUGAGGGUGCGCACGGGUCGCUGUCGAAGGAGGCGAUCCGCCGCUUUCGCCUGCGGGAGGGGCGCGACCCGCAGACGUAUGGGAUCGGACUGAAGGAAGUGUGGCGCGUUGACCCGAAGAAGUAUCGCCCGGGGGAGGUUGUGCACACGAUGGGCUGGCCGCUUGACUGGCGCACGUACGGCGGUGGGUGGGUGUACCACAUGGCAGAUGGCCUUGUCAGUCUUGGGCUCGUCAUCGGGCUGGACUACGCCAACCCAUAUCUGAGCCCGUAUCGGGAGUUCCAGCGCAUGAAACAUCAUCCAUAUUUUGAGGAUCUCUUGUCCGGCGACUCCACGCGCAUUGCAUACGGUGCGCGCACGAUCAACGAGGGCGGCCUGCAGUCCGUGCCCAAGCUGCACUUCCCCGGCGGUGCGCUCAUCGGAUGCUCUGCGGGCUUUGUAAACGUUGCAAAGAUCAAAGGCACGCACAACGCCAUGAAGAGCGGCAUGCUCGCGGCCGAAGCCGCCUUCGACGUCGUUGCCGCACAAGACGGCGCUGCAGAGGAGGACAGAGACGCGGCAGACAUGAGCCCCUAUGAGGGCGCGCUGCACGAUAGCUGGGUAUACAAGGAUCUCUACGAGGUGCGCAACGUGCGCCCGUCGUUCAACACGCCGCUCGGGAUGUGGGGCGGAGUCGCGUACUCCGGCAUCGACACGCUGCUCCUGCGCGGGCGCGUGCCGUGGACGUUCCGCAACACGUCCGGCACGAGCGAUGCGGCGCACACGCGGCGAGCGGCGGAGUGCACACCGAUCGCAUACCCGCCGUUCCGCGCGCCGCUGUCGACAGACCUGCUUACGAGUCUCGCGCUGACGGGCACCAAUCACGCGGAGGACCAGCCGGUGCACCUGCGCGUGCGCCAGCAUAAAGGUGCGCCGGGUGAUGCGGGCGCGGAGGGCAGCGAGAAGAAAGCGGGCUUGGAGACCGAGGAGUGGGUGGAGGAUGCCGAGGUGCGGCGGGCGCAUGUGCGAGCGAAUGUGGAGGAGUAUGCCGGGCUGUUGGGGCGUGCGUGUCCGGCGCAGGUAUACGAGUAUGUGGAGGACGAAGGCUCGACUCAGGCUGCGGAGAGCGAGGGGUGGGGCGGAAAGAAGCUCGUCAUUAAUUCACAGAAUUGCAUUCACUGCAAGCUGUGUGAUAUCAAGGUGCCGACGCAGGACAUUACUUGGACGGUGCCCGAAGGAGGCGGAGGGCCAAAAUACAGUGUAACAUAAGUCUCGAGACGUAUAUAUGCUACACAGUGCCAGAAGUUAUACUGGGAACCUAUCUAUGUGCCAUAUUUCU